AUGUCUGAUAACAAAGGUAUUCAUCUUCUGCUCUUGGAAGUCUAUGGGAAGCUAACCAAAUGCAAAGGUGCUCUCGGCGGUCUUACAGACACAGUAGGCAAGACGGGCAAAGGCCUCACCGAUACCGUCGGCAACACUGUCCAAGGAGUUGGAAAGGGUGCCAGUGAUACCGUUGGCUCUGCUACCAAGGGCGUGGGUGACACUACCAAGGGUAUGUUUGCUUCCAAGAGGUCAAUUGCGAAGAGUCAACAGCUGAUCAAGAAACAGGACUUGGAGAUGGUGCUAAGAGCGCUACUGGAGGAGGUUCAAGCGGUGGUGCACCUGCUAGUGGUGGUGACCCUAACCACCUUGGCCUAUAAAGGAGGAUAUCAUGUUGUUAUGAAAUCAAUGAAUACUUCUUGA